AUCUGAGGAAGUUGAUCUGAAUGCAGGUCUCCAUGGCAACUGGACACUGGAAAAUGCCAAGGCUCGGUUGAACCAGUUCUUCCAAAAGGAGAAGAACCAAACUGAUUACAAAUACAGCCAAGUUGGGCCUGACCACAACAGGUCAGGCCGGGUCGCACGGGUCCCCUUCUAGAAGCAGACGAUGUGUGAAUGAUAUAUGACCAUGUCUGCCACUUAUCAGUUUAAUCGAAACACUGUGUUUUGCGUGUCUCUAUGGGAAUAGGUUAACAUAGGAUUGUUCAGGAGGAGAUCAUCAGUUGGAGGCUGGAUAAGGCUAGCCAGAAAGCCUGUGUAGUAGUUAGGUGGAGAGUAUGUUUUUCUGCUGGACUACAGUGAUGUGAGAGACCUUCUUGGGGUGCAGAGAACCUCUGGGAGAUCUCAGAAAGCUUCCAUAAAGUUAGACUCAGCAGUUGCUUCUGAUAUUGUGAGUCACAACAUUUAAACUUCCUUCUGUUACAUUUCAAGUAUUGUCGUCAAGUUCUAUCAGUAAAAAAAAGGAAAUCAGACAGCAACUGCUGAAGCUUUCUUUAAUAUCAGUGGAGACAGAUGUCAUCAAGUUUGCCAAAGUCCUCUAAUUGGCUCUUCCGUUAGUGGAUUUUGGCUCACUGUGUCAGUAGGAUGGUGUAUGGUUGGGCUAUGGCGAUACCAGAAAUCACAACCUUACAUGUUAAAAACAUGUGACAUCACUUAGGGUGCACUAAGUUGUCGCAUGGUGUAACGUGAAGUGGGACCGGUGUGGGUGAGGCUUGGUAAUGUCUGGUUGUGAUUUCUGGUGUCACUUUCCCACUAGGAGUGGAAGGCUGUGGAUACUUGGAAACAGUUCUGAUUGGUUUGCAGAAGUCUGGCAGAAAAACAUAAACACCACUGAGGGGGCAUUGUGGACGUUAGGGUUCUCCCUUGCAGCUGGCUGUGCUAGCCAUUGCUUGUGAAGGUCUGAGGAGCUUCAUUGCUGAAAUGACAAUUUUUGUCAGGCAGCUUGGUAGAAAGAUAAUUGCUCGUGAACAUGGCUCCAAUAAGAAGUUGGCAGCCCAGUCCUGUGCUCUGUCUGUUGUCCGGCAGCUGUACCAUCUGGGUGUCAUUGAAGCUUACACUGGAAUGACUAAGAAGAAAGAGGGUGAGACGGUGGAGGUUUAUGAAGUGAAUGUACCAGAUGAGGUGAUGCACCAGCUUCAGAGCGUCACCCAGGAAUUGGGUAUUCAGAUCCCCUUACUGCCUGAGGAUCCAAGCUCUCCGGUGUCUCUGGUUCAGGGGAAGUUGGCCAGCUUUGAGCCGGCUCAGAGGCAGAGCACAGCAGGGGUGGUGCCCUGGUCACCCCCACAGGUCAACUGGAACCCCUGGACCAGCAGCAACAUUGAUGAAGGCCCUCUGGCUUUUUGUACCCCAGAGCAGAUAAGUGCAGACUUGCUGGGAGAGUUGAACUAUCAGCUAGAGAAUGAUGAAAACCUCCAGAUGGGUAUAAAGGACAGGGACAAGCUUCCAGUGAAGAACUUUGAGGAGGCGAUCAUGAAUGCCAUCCACAGCAAUCCUGUGGUGAUCAUCCGCGGAGCCACGGGCUGUGGCAAAACCACACAGGUGCCCCAGUACAUCCUGGACUACUUUAUCAAGAACAGCCGUGCUGCCGACUGCAACAUAGUUGUUACCCAGCCUCGGCGUAUCAGCGCGGUGUCCGUGGCUGAGCGCGUGGCCUACGAGAGAGGAGAGGAGGUGGGCAAGAGCUGUGGCUACAGCGUGCGCUUCGAGUCCUUCUUGCCCAGGCCUCACGCCAGUGUGCUGUUCUGCACAGUCGGGGUGCUUCUGAGGAAGCUGGAGUCUGGAAUCAGAGGGAUCAGUCACGUGAUUGUUGAUGAAAUCCACGAGAGGGAUCUCAAUACGGAUUUCCUGAUGGUUGUGCUGAGAGACGUGGUCCAGGCAUACCCUGAGGUUCGCGUCAUACUGAUGUCUGCCACCAUCGACACCACCAUGUUCAAAGAGUACUUCUUCAGUGCCCCAGUCAUAGAGGUGCAUGGGCGCACCUUCCCUGUCCAAGAGUAUUUCCUUGAGGACUGUGUUCAGAUGACUCAGUUCGUCCCCCCUCCCAUGGAAAAAAAGAGGAAGGACAAAGACGAGGAAGGAGGAGAAGAUGAGAUGAAUUGUAACCUGAUCUGUGGAGCGGAGUACGGGCCAGAGACCAAGCGCUCCAUGUCUCAGCUGAACGAGAAGGAGACCUCCUUUGAGCUGAUCGAGGCUUUGCUCAAGUACAUCGAGACGCUGGAGGUGUUUGGGGCCGUGCUGGUCUUCCUGCCCGGGUGGAACCUCAUCUAUUCCAUGCAGAAGCACCUGGAGAUGAACCCGCACUUUGGAAGUCAGCGCUACAGGAUCCUGCCUCUCCACUCUCAGAUCCCCAGGGAGGAGCAGAGACUGGUGUUUGAGUCUAUGCCUGAGGGUGUGACCAAGGUGAUCUUGUCAACCAAUAUUGCAGAGACCAGUAUUACAAUCAACGAUGUUGUCUACGUCAUUGAUUCUUGCAAGCAGAAGGUGAAGCUGUUUACAUCCCAUAAUAAUAUGACCAACUAUGCAACGGUCUGGGCUUCAAAGACCAACCUGGAGCAGAGGAAAGGGCGAGCUGGCAGAGUCCGGCCUGGCUUCUGCUUCCACCUCUGCAGCAGAGGCCGCUUUGACAGGCUGGAGACCCACAUGACUCCGGAGAUCUUCCGCACGCCGCUGCAUGAAGUGGCCCUCAGCAUCAAGCUGCUCAGACUGGGAGCCAUCGGCCACUUCCUGUCCAAAGCCAUCGAACCUCCGCCCCUGGACGCCGUCAUUGAGGCGGAACACACACUCAGAGAGUUGGAUGCCCUUGACUCAAAUGACGAGCUCACUCCCCUGGGGCGCAUCCUGGCCAAGCUGCCCAUUGAGCCCCGCCUGGGCAAGAUGAUGAUCAUGGGCUGCAUCCUCAAUGUUGGUGAUGCAGUGUGCACCAUCUCAGCAGCUUCCUGCUUUCCAGAGCCCUUCAUCAGCGAGGGUAAACGCCUGGGCUUUGUCCACAGGAACUUUGCCGGCUCACGCUUUUCAGACCACGUGGCCCUUUUGUCUGUAUUUCAGGCCUGGGAUGAUGUCCGAAUGGGUGGAGAGGAGGCAGAGACGAGGUUCUGUGAGCACAAGCGACUUCACAUUCACACUCUCAGGAUGACCUGGGAGGCCAAAGUGCAGCUGAAGGAAAUUCUCAUCAAUGCAGGCUUCCCUGAGGAAUGUCUGAUGAACCAGAUGUUCAACAACGUUGGCCCUGACAACAACCUGGAUGUGGUCAUCUCCCUGCUGACCUUUGGCUCCUAUCCCAACGUGUGCUACCACAAAGAGAAGAGGAAGAUUCUAACCACUGAGGGCCGAAACGCUCUCAUCCACAAGUCUUCUGUCAAUUGCCCCUUCAGCAACCAUGACAUGGCGUACCCUUGUCCGUUCUUCGUGUUUGGAGAAAAGAUCAGAACUCGAGCUAUCUCAGCCAAAGGAAUGACUAUGGUCAGCCCUUUACAGCUCAUCCUGUUUGCUGCAAAGAAAAUUACCUCUAAUGGUGACUUUGUGGAGCUGGAUGAUUGGAUCAAGCUCCGAAUCCCCCAUGAGGUGGCGGGGUCUGUUGCAGCCCUGAGGGCAGCGCUGGAGGCUCUGGUGGUGGAGGUGACCAAAGACCCGGAAAUCAUCAACCAGCUGGACCCAACCAACCAGCGCAUGCUGAACGUACUGCGGCUCAUCUCCAAACCUUCCUCUGCCGGGAUCAACCUCAUGGCCAACAACCGAAGACUUGGUGAUGGCCCUCCGCCUCCAAAAAUGCAGAGAUUCGACGGAAGUGGUGAAGGAGGGUUCAGGGGACGUGGUGGGGGCUUGAGGCCAGGCAGCGGCUACAGAGGAGGUGGAGGGUACCGUGGAGGAGGAGGAGGAUAUGGUGGUGGGGGGGGAUACAGGGGCUCUGGAGGCUUCAGAGGCAGAGGUGGCUAUGGAGGAGGAGGAGGAGGAGGAGGAGGGGGAGGGGGAGGUGGAGGUGGUUAUAGGGGUGGAAGCGGAGGAGGAGGUGGUUAUAGGGGUGGAAGCAGAGGAGGCUAUGGUGGCGGAGGAAGAGGUUUCAGGGGUGGUUUUUAAAGGAAUUUAAUGAAAAAGAUGUUUGUGUUAAGUGUUUGUAUAACAAAGUAUAAUUUUUUUUUUAAGUUUCAUGCAAAAGUGCUCCAAUGUUUAAAAAUGCCAGUACAGCUUUCCUCAAGUUUAGUCAGCCUGAACAUAUCUUAAGAUAAUUAUUGCUAACAAUUUCCUAAUUGUUUGACCAUACUGUUUUGUGAUAUUGAUAUAAAUGUUUUCCAUGUCUGUAAAAUUGCUUUGAAAGACAAGAUAGAAAUACUUGUACUUUUCAUAAAUUUUCUUUAAUGUUUGAAAAA